UGAAGAAAGGUACAAACCCAAAGAACAGACACCAGCAUCAAAUGCUCCGGCUUUUAUACCAGAAAGACCAGAGACCAAUAGAGAGGCUCGCCAAGUACUCUGAAUCUGUAUAGCAGAGGGAGACCAAUAGAGGGGUACCCAUCAGAUGGGAACCGUUAUCGACUCUCAUUUCUUAGCCCUCACUGCCAUUGUUACGGUGGGAUAUCAAUUGUCGUUCUUCGUAAUCACUGCCCUUCUCAAGUUCGAUAAAGUCACAGACUUUGCUGGAAGCACAAAUUUUGUUAUAUUGGCUAUAUUGACUCUGGUUCUCAAAGGCGCUUGGCAUUUUAGACAGAUAGUCUUGACUUUGCUUGUCGUAAUAUGGGGUCUUCGUCUGGGAUUAUUUCUAUUGAUGAGGAUCCUGCAAUGGGGAGAGGAUCGACGUUUUGAUGAAAUGCGUGCUAAUUUAUUGAAGUUAGCGAUUUUCUGGAUAUUUCAGGCUGUCUGGGUGUGGACUGUGAGUUUACCUGUAACAGUCGUCAAUGCUAGUGACAGAGAUCCUUCUGUUCAAGCUCAGGAUAUAAUAGGAUGGAUUAUGUGGUCCUUGGGUGUUUCAAUUGAAGCCGCGGCUGAUCAGCAAAAACUGGUGUUCAAGAAUUCACCAGAAAAUCGUGGGAAAUGGUGCUCCAUUGGAGUAUGGAAAUAUUCUCGGCAUCCAAACUACUUUGGUGAGUUACUCCUUUGGUGGGGAAUUUUCGUGGCUUCUACUCCUGUCUUGGAAGGGGCAGAGUGGCUUGUAAUCUUUGGCCCGGUCUUCCUGACAUUGUUGCUUCUUUUUGUCAGCGGCAUUCCAUUGCUUGAGGAGUCAGCUGACAAGAAAUUCGGCAACGUAGCUGGAUAUAGGAUGUAUAAAAGAUCUACUAGCCCUCUUAUCCCGCUUCCCCCAGCAUUGUAUGGGAACUUGCCCUCGUGGUUCAAAACCAUUCUCUUCGAAUUUCCUCUGUACAAUCGCAAUUUUCCUCAAGAAGGCGCAACAUGGAAUAGAGCUGGAGAGAAAUUAGAUGAUGGAUUCAAGAUGGGUUAGCCAGGAAUAGAUUCUUGAAUCUGGCUUCCUUUUGUACUUAUUGUAAUUUGAUAUGCAAGUAUAAUCAGUUACCUUUAGCUGUGUAAAACGUGAGUGAGACAGUUGAUUUAUUGCCAUCAGAUUAAAUCUA